AUGGAUUUUUUUUUUCUUUCAGUGUCCGACACAAAGAGGAUUGCCAUCUUGGGAAAAACUGGAGCUGGGAAAAGCAGCCUGGCUAACACCAUAUUAGGAGAGAAACUGUUCAUGAUCAGUGACUCACCCAACUCUGAAACAAAUAAAUGUCAAGCUAAAAACAAAUCUGUCAACGGACAAAGAAUCACUCUGAUCGACACUCCUGGUUUCUUUGACACACACAGAUCUGAGGAGGAGCUGAAGGCUGAGAUAGUGAGGUGUAUCACAGAGUGCUCUCCUGGGCCUCAUGCUGUUCUCAUUGUGCUUAAAGUGGAGAAAUUCACAGAGCAAGAACAGGAUAUCAUCAAGAAAACAAUAGAAUAUUUUUCUGAAGAAGUCUUCAAAUACGCAACAGUUCUCUUCACUCAUGGUGACCAGCUCAGUGAUGGACAGACAAUUAUGGAGUUUGUCCAAAAGAAUAAGUCAUUGAGUGAUCUUGUUAAGAAGUGUGGAGGCCGCUGUCAUGUCAUUGAUAAUAAAUACUGGAAUAACGACCAGCAGGAUGAAUACAGGAGCAACAAGUUCCAGGUGGAGGAGCUCCUCAAGACAAUAGAUGAGAUAACUGAUGCAAACAGAGGAGGCUGCUACACCAAUGAGAUGCUACAAGCAGUGGAGGAAAUGAUCCAACAAGAGGAGGAGCGCAUUAGAAUGUUAUCACCUAACAUGCCAGAGGAAGAGAACAGAGAGCAGGCUAAAGUCAACACAGCCAAGAAGCUUUGGAUCAAACUGGCAGGUAUUGCAACAGGUGCAUUAUUAGGAGCUUUACUUGGUGUAGGAGUUGCUGUUGUGGUCAUGGUUUUAAAGCGUGGAGCAGUACCAACACUAAAAGCAGCAGCAGCAGGAGGAGCAGCAGUGGGAACUGUGAUUGGAGGUGUUACAGGAUAUAUUGCAGCUGAGAAUGCUGAUUCAGUACUGGAAGGAGGAAAGAAGGCAGCAAAGGCUGUCUGGGAUGAAGCCAAAUCUGUUAUAGAUAAAGCAAAUGAUUUCAUGGACGGGCCGUCACAUCCCAAAAAAGAAUAA